CAACAACUAGACCGGACCUUGCAGUGGCAACUUUCUGAGUUCAGACCUUUACCUCUAGACUAGCAUUUCAAUCAUGAGCCCUUAUCCUUUUUAGCCCAUUACCCUUCAGUAUAAAUUCCUAUGCCUUCUGGGGGGGGCAUUGUGCUAGUUGGGGGGAUGGGGAGUUGUUUCGUUUUUAAUUUUUUUUUCCAAUUCAGUAAUGCUUUUUCCUUUUUACCCCUGUUGAUUGCCUGAAACCAAAUUCAGUAUGAAUAAGAGAGGGAAAUAUACAACACUGAAUUUGGAGGAGAAAAUGAAGGUUCUAAGUAGGAUUGAAGCGGGACGAUCUCUUAAAAGUGUAAUGGAUGAAUUUGGAAUCAGUAAAUCAACAUUUUAUGACAUUAAAAAGAACAAGAAAUUGAUUUUGGACUUUGUACUGAAGCAGGACAUGCCAUUAGUAGGAGCUGAGAAGAGAAAGAGAACAACAGGAGCCAAAUAUGGUGACGUGGAUGAUGCAGUCUACAUGUGGUACCAACAGAAACGCUCAGCUGGUGUCCCUGUGAGAGGUGUGGAGCUUCAGGCUGCUGCCGAGAGAUUUGCACAGUGUUUUGGGCGAACAGACUUCAAAGCUAGCACUGGUUGGCUUUUUAGAUUUCGAAAUAGGCAUGCAAUUGGGAACCGAAAAGUAUGUGGGGAACAAGUCCUACGUUCAGCUUCAGAAAAUGUUGAGCCGUUUCGACAAAAACUGUCCAUGCUUAUCAAAGAGGAGAAACUGUGUCUUGCUCAGCUGUACAGUGGGGAUGAGACUGACCUCUUUUGGAAGUCAAUGCCAGAAAAUACUCAGGCAAGCAGAAAAGAUAUCUGCCUGCCAGGGAGGAAAAUAAACAAAGAACAAUUGUCUGCUCUUUUAUGUGCAAAUGCAGAUGGUACUCAUAAGUUAAAGUCAAUUAUUAUUGGAAAAUCAAAGCUGCCCAGAAGUGUAAAAGAGGACACAUGUACAUUACCUGUGAUAUACAAACCUAGUAAAGAUGUUUGGUUCACCAGAGAAUCGUUUUCAGAAUGGUUUUUUCAAAACUUUAUUCCUGAGGUCAAGCACUUUCAAGUUAAUGUUCUAAGAUUCCAUGAGGAGGAUGUCAGGGCCUUGUUACUUCUGGACAAUUCUCCAGUUCACCCUUCCACUGACUCACUAACCAGUGAGGAUGGUCGAAUAAAAUGCAUGUUCUUUCCCCAUGACACUUCAACCUUGAUUCAACCAAUGAAUCAGGGUGUGAUCUUGAGCUGCAAACGACUUUACAGGUGGAAGCAACUUGAGGAGAGUCUUGUAAUUUUUGAAGAAAGUGAUGAUGAGCAAGAUAAAGGAGAAAAAGGAGUUUCCAAGAUUAAAAUCUACAACAUAAAAAGUGCAAUUUUUAACUGGGCAAAGAGUUGGGAUGAAGUAAAACAAAUAACCAUAGCAAAUGCAUGGGAAAAUCUUCUUUACAAAAAGGAACCUGAAUAUGAUCUUCAAGGCUUAGAAGAUGGAGAUUAUAGAGAAAUUCUUGAGAAAUGUGGGGAGUUGGAAACCAAGCUGGAUGACGAUAGGGUGUGGUUAAAUGGGGAUGAAGAAAAGGGCAGCCCCCUGAAAACAAAAGGUGGAAUUACAAAGGAAGUUGUUCAAAGAGCGGGAGCUGAGGAGCAGACUGCUGAAUUUAAGUUAUCUGCUAUAAGAAAGAGUUUGGACUACCUUCUUGACUUUGUUGAUGCAACACCUGAGUUUCAAAGGUUCCAUUUUACACUGAAAGAGAUGCAACAAGAAAUAAUCAAGAAGCAGUUCCAGAGUAGAAUCCAUUCUAGAAUUGGUAGCUUUUUGAAAUGUAGGCCUCAUAAUAUUAAGGAUUCCUUCAAUAUGCCUUCAACUUCUGGUUGUAGUAAGUAGAUAUUGUGUUUAAAGAUUUCUGC